AUGCUAGUGACUCUUGCGUCGCGGUGCCCAUUCGCAGACCCAGGUCCGUCCUCUCCGGCCGCACGCGAGUGGGCCGACUCUCUGCAUGCGUACCUGGACGCCCUUGGGUCUUGGGAUGUCAUCUCAAGCCUCGUCCGAUGGAAGGAAAUCGAGGCUGGACUCGUCACACUGUACCGGGCGUGCCCCUUCCUGCCUCGCGAGCCCGAAUGGCGCCCCGACAUGAUUGAGACCGUGAACGCGGUCAUCGACGUCGUCUCCACCAAAAACUCCGUCAAGAUGCUACUCGAGUUGGCGCGAGAAGACGUCUUCGCGGUCAUUGAUCUGCUCUACGAGGUGCUGGACAACCAUAUACGGCUGUCGAUCGCACCGCGCCUCGCCAACCGCGUGUCGGACGCGCUCCGGCGGAUUUGCGCCAAGUACGAAUGGCUGCCCGGCGCGUGCAUUGUUCCCGCCGGUCGCCUUACCCUCCUCGGCGACAGUGCCGUCGACUGCGGGGGCUACUCCGAUGUCUGGCACGCCACCCACUAUGCGGACGGCCGAUCGACCACUGUCGCGCUCAAGGUCUUCCGCGUGUAUGCGAAAGACAAGCUGCAACGCUUCUGCCAGGAGGCUAUCCUCUGGCUCAGGCUUCGUCACAAGAACAUAGUGCCUUUGCUGGGCGCAGACAUGACGCUCUUCCCUGUCUGCCUCGUCAGCGUCUGGAUGGAGUAUGGCAACAUCUCUGGCUACCUCAAGCAGUACCCAGACGAGGACCGCUUGCGACUCCUCAUCGACGUGGCUGAGGGGCUCGCAUAUCUGCACUCAGAAAGUAUGGUACACGGCGAUCUCAGAUGCGCCAACAUCUUGAUCAACGAUGAGCGUCAAGCCUGCAUUGGUGACUUCGGCCUCUCUGCUGUCAUCCAUGACCCAGACACUAUCAUGUCCAUUACUCCCAGCCCCAACGCUGUCGGCACCCUCCGCUGGACCGCUCCAGAGAUACUCGAUCCAGAAACCUUCGGCCUCGAGCAUGCGGUUGCGUCGCUCGAGACCGAUGUCUAUUCCUUCGGCAUGGUCAUGUGGGAGACAUUCUCGGGGCAUACGCCAUACGAGGAGUACCGCUACGACGCAACCGCGCAAUGGAAGAUCCUCUUAGGCGUCCGCCCUGGGCGGCCCACGCAUGCGAUGGCUCUCGGGCUCUCGGACCUCGUCUGGGACCUGAUUCAACGCUGCUGGGUCCCCGAUCGUCACAUGCGGCCAACGGCUGACACCAUUCUCCAUGAACUGAAGGCCGCACACCAGUUGAUGCAGCUACAGCAGCGCACUGAGCGUUCGGACGAGCCACACCGUGCACAUGGGCGCGCCUCCCUUCUUUCGCGCAUGCGGACCAGCGAACGUGGUGCGACUCUGCGUCCUCUUCGCAAGCCCAGCUCGCUUGCGAGCUCGCGUACCUUGACUCCACUGGGCAUCGUACCCAGCAAGGGAGGACUAGCCUCCGCUACGGUCGCGCAAGAGAUGGUCUCUGCCGUCUUUUCGCGUGCACCAUCGAUGGCAGAAGCUGACACACCCCACCUAUCCACGCGGGCGCGUCUGCGGGCGGAAGGCUCAGAGCGCACGCUCGUGGGCGUAAGUGCCGAGUCGACGGAUACGGUGAAGGCAGGCGCAGGCCAACUCUCCCCGCUGCUCGUCACCGACGCCAGCGCCCCGAUUCCAUUCGUCAGGUCUCCUGUCAGGUAA